UCACUUUCUUCCUUCAGUUCCAUCUUUAUCUCUUUUAUUGUUUUCUUUUGGUUCUCUCUGUGACUUUGUUACCGUCAUGAACACGGAAGACGCAAAGACGGAGACUCCAACAGUCUCGAGCGGCUGUUUCUUGCCUCUCAAGAAACGCGUGAAACUUCUUAGCAACCCACCAAACAGUGCCCUAGAGGUUGUGGUUUCAGGCAAUGCGAAGUAUAAGGGAGUGGUUCAACAACCAACCGGUCACUGGGGCGCUCAGAUAUACGCAGACCACAAAAGGAUCUGGCUCGGCACUUUCAGAUCCGCUGCUGAAGCCGCCGCGGCUUACGAUAGCGCAUCCAUCAAGAUCCGAAGCUACGACGCUAACAUGCACCGGAACUUCCCUUGGAGUGAGUACACCGUCCACGAACCGGCCUUUCAAAACGAACACACGACCGAAGAUGUGUUGAGCAUGAUCAAAGACGGGACUUACCAACGCAAAUAUAGAGAGUUUUUCAAGAAAGUCCAAUCCAAGAUUGUCGGGGGAUACAACAUGGUUGGAUCGAAAGAAGAUCAAGAAUCAAAGAAUUGCUUCUCGUGCACGGAGCUGUUUAGGAAGGAACUGACGCCAAGCGAUGUUGGGAAGCUCAACAGGCUUGUGAUACCUAAGAAGUAUGCGGUGAGGUAUUUGCCUUUGUUAAGAGAUGAUCGAAAGGAGAGAGGAGAGGGUGAAAUAGGAGAAGAUGUUGAGGUUGUGUUCUAUGACAGGGCGAUGAGACAGUGGAAGUUUAGGUACUGUUAUUGGAAAAGUAGCCAGAGCUUUGUCUUCACUAGAGGAUGGAAUGGUUUCGUCAAGGAGAAGAGCCUCAAGGAGAAAGAUGUGAUCGUCUUUUACACUUGUGAUGUUCCGACGUUAGAAGGUCAGAGCAAAAAGUUCUUGAUGAUCGAUGUUCAGUGCUCUUCAGAUGAAGGUUCUGCUGUAUGUGAUGAGGAAGUAAACGAGACUGUCCAUAACAGUUCUGAGGGAGGAGUAAAAACAGAAGAAACCAAAUCAGUGGAGAACAAGGGAGGGUUUAUGCUGUUUGGUGUUAGGAUUCAAUAGCUACUUUGUUCUUAGGGACCUUUUAGUUUUAUAAC